AUGCCUUCCAGGACUCUGCCGACUUUGACGCGCGCCGAGGUAGAGAGGCACGCGUCUAGCGCUUCGUGCUAUGUCACCAUCGGCACCAACGUCUACGACGUCACCGACUUUGUCGACGACCACCCUGGCGGUGGCGAACUCUUGCUCGAGUACGCCGGCAAGGAUGUCGAGAAUAUCCUAAAAGACCCGGCAUCACAUCCUCACUCGGAGGCGGCGUACGAAAUUCUCGACGAAUCCCUCGUCGGCUUCGUCGUUCCCGACAAGGCGGCUGCCGUCAAAGUCAACGGCAAGCCCGCCGACGCCGCCAACGGACGCGCCCAUGUCGAGAACGGCGCCGAGUCGGCCUUUGUUCACCCCCGCACCGGCAUGUCUUGUGAGGAGGAUUUGAGCAAGGACACGGAUUACAACCAGGAUUACAAGAAGCACAAGUUCCUCGACCUCAACCGAGCCCUCUUCCCUCAAAUCUGGUAUGGAGGCUUCAGCAAGGAUUUCUACCUCGAUCAGGUUCAUCGCCCGCGCCACUACAGGGGAGGCGCCUCGGCCCCCGUCUUCGGAAACUUUCUCGAGCCUCUCACCAAGACGCCCUGGUGGGUCGUCCCGAGCCUCUGGAUGCCCUGCGUCUUUUACGGGCUCCACCUGGCUCAUCAGGGCCUCGGGAGCAUCCCCUUCACCGCCAUGUGCUGGGCCUUUGGCCUCUUCCUCUGGACGCUCAUCGAGUACAUCCUGCACCGUUUCUUGUUCCACCUGGACUAUUAUCUCCCCGACAACCGUGUUGGGAUCACGCUGCACUUCCUCCUGCAUGGGAUUCACCACUACGUGCCCAUGGACAAGUACCGCCUCGUCAUGCCGCCUGCGCUCUUCGUCGUCCUAGCCACGCCCUUCUGGAAGCUGGCUCACGUCGUCUUCGCCCACGACUGGCACGUCGCAACCGCCGUCUACUGCGGCGGCAUCUUUGGCUACAUUUGCUACGAUCUCACCCACUACUUCCUGCACCACCAGAACCUUCCUCUAUGGUACAAGCAGCUCAAGAAAUAUCACCUUCAGCAUCACUUCCUCGACUACGAACUCGGAUUCGGAGUCACGAGCAAGUUCUGGGACACCGUCUUCGGCACGGAGCUGCAACCCGUCAUCAAGGCUGCGUAG